UAAAAUGAAAAUUCAUUUUGCUGUCAUCUGUUGUUUUGGAAUGCUAAGCAUUUAUAUUUAAAUUGAUAUUUUUCAUUCCAUAACUUUUGAAAUGGAUAUAAGUUCUCAACUCUUGAAAGAUAUCAAUGUUCCUACAAAUCAAAGUAAAGUGUACAAAGAUGAAUGCGUAUUUUCAUUCGACAAUCCAGAAACAGAUACUGGGCUUUAUGUCAGUUUAACAACUUUCAUUGGAUUGGGUCGCAAUCAUGUAGAAAGAUAUUACAGAAAGACCGGCCAUGCUGUUUUCCUACAUUUGAAAAGAGAAAAAUAUGAGGUUUCAUCACUAACACAGGGCGAUGGACCAGAGAAGAAGAUAACCCGCUUAGCAAUAGGGGUGGAGGGAGGAUUUGAUCCAGAUUCGGCGAAAAAGAAAUUUGAAUAUGAGGAUUUGUAUAGCGUAGUCAUUCUUCCAAAUUUCACAUCUAUUCAGUGGCCCAACAAUGAACUACCAGAAAUAGUAAAAUCUUCAGUCCAAGCAAUCAUCGAUCUACCCUCAGCUAGUAAACUAGCAGAACUAGAAGCCCUCAGUGGAACAUGGGAUGGAGAAUCCCGCAUAGUUUCAAAACAUGCCUCUAAUUUAUCACAACUAGACAAUGGUAAAAAAAUCCCGCCAACGGGUUGGAAAUGCGAAAAGUGUGAUAAAACUGAAAACCUCUGGUUGAACCUGUCGGACGGCUCCAUUUUGUGUGGCCGGAAGUUCUACGACGGAUCAGGAGGCAACAAUCAUGCCAUGGAACAUUAUAAUGUCACCGGUUAUCCUCUGGCUGUCAAAUUGGGGACAAUCACGAAAGAAGGGAAGGCCGACGUUUUCAGCUACAGUGAAGAUGAUAUGGUUGAGGAUCCUGAUCUCAUCAAGCAUUUAGCACAUUGGGGUAUCAACAUUGCUAAUAUGGAGAAGACUGAGAAAUCAAUGGUGGAAUUAGAGCUAGAGUUGAAUCAGAAGACAAACGAAUGGGCAGCUCUCCAAGAGAGCGGCGGUCCUUUGAAACCACUUUACGGCCCGGGAUUCACAGGAAUGUCAAAUUUAGGCAAUUCAUGCUACUUGAACAGUGUUGUACAAAUGCUGUUCAGAAUCCCCGAUUUCGUUCACAAAUACUAUGAUGGAGCAGAUGAAAUAUUUGAUAGAGUUAACGGGGAUCCAGCUGAGGAUUUUGGUGUACAAAU